AUUUACAUUUAAAGUAGAGAGACCCUUACGCUUGCAUGAUGGAAUCACAUAAAAAAAAGUCCUUUUGAGUAAUUCCAGGGCGAAAAUUUUUUAUUCAUUUUUUUUUUUAUUACUUCAAUGACUUCUGAGAAGGAAACGAUCCCGAAGGUUGUUCAAGAUCUCGUUGCAGGAACUGUGGGAGGUUGGUCCCAAGUCAUUGUAGGCCAACCCUUAGAUACAAUUAAAGUGCGCAUACAGACACAACCUUCACCACCUAUCUAUAAAAAUGCUAUGGAUUGCACUCAACAACUUGUGAGACAAGAAGGAGUCAAGGGACUCUACCGUGGUGUGAUGCCGCCCUUAGCUGGUAUCGGGUUUUGUAAUGCUAUCAUGUUUAUGUCAAAUGGAUUCUUUAGAAGAAUGUUACAAAAAGGAAAUGAGACAGGGUUAUCUAUUGCUCAGGUGGGUAUGGCUGGAUCCAUGGCUGGAUCAGUCAUGGCCUUCUUGAAUUGUCCUAUUGAACUCUUAAAAGUCAAGUUACAAACACGAGAUCCAAAGGGUGUAAUAGGCGUGAAUGGGAAAUUAGAACCUCCAUUUAAAGGCGUCAUUGAUUGUGGUAUUAGAAGCAUUCGUGCACAAGGAUUCUUGGGUAUUUAUAGAGGCAUGGGCAUGACUUUAUUAAGAGAUGUGCCUGGCUAUUUUGCUUAUUUUUUCUGUUACGAGACAUCAAAAAAGCUACUUCAGUCCCAAAGAAAAGAUAACCAGUUAUCGACACUGGAUCUAUUAACAGCAGGUGGUUUGUCUGGAUUAGCUGCUUGGAUCCCUUCUUACCCUCAAGAUGUAAUCAAAAGCUGUUAUCAAAAUGAUUUACGGUACGCAUCGUAUGGACAAGUCUUUAAGGACAUUCUAAGAACUAAAGGACCCAAAGCCUUCUUUCAUGGUAUUGGUCCCGCUAUGGCAAGGGCUUUUCCUGCAAAUGCAGCUACAUUUUUCGCUUAUGAGAUGACAAUGACUGCUCUUAAGUCUUCAUCAUAGAGAUACACAAUAGAAUGUAUAUGAUUCAUCUAGAAAAUAAUGCUAUAAAUACUUGAUAUGCCAUCAUAUUGAAAC